UGCGCAUAUUCAUUUUAUUAGUUGAAGAAAAUUUGUAGAUCGGUGUGGUUUAAAUUAAAAAGCAUGCAUUUAUUGAGCUAAUCAUAGAAAACACGCCAGUUCGCUUUACUUGAGUUGCAUAUAAAAACGAAAAUAAGCGAUGAUCUCAGAUUCGUUUAUUGAUAAAAUGGAAAAGAAAUUAAACGACCUUCAAUCCCGUCAAAAGCAACACGACUUAACACGGAGACCUGACAUCGGGGCCCAAUCAAGCUUCUCUGCAGUUCCCAAAUACCCACAAUCCCCAGUUGGCGCCGAUUCGACUCGUAAGUACUCGGAUUUGCAGAAACAGAUGGACCAAAUGCUCGGAAUGGUCCGAAGUGAGACCGAGAAUGUUCGGAGUCUCGAGUCGCAAUUGCAUAACCGAGGAGUCUCGGGAACUUCGGGACCCCAAAUGCCUCCGCCACCGGCAACUAUGACAAUGCCAAAGUUCGAAGCUCCACCGGUACAACCGCAAGUAACGUUCCAAGCUCCUAGUGGUUCUGCUUCGCGAGCUUUCGGUGGUAUGGGUGGCUCAAUGCCGCAGCUUAAUUCUGUACAUAUGCAACCAUCCAUGCCCACUUUUGGAAUGAAUUCGAAAGAUUUCGAGCGCCAAUUGAGUUCCUUGCUGACCAGAAGCCGAACAGGCGCGAACGGCGAUGGUAAUUCCGAAAUCAAAUCUGAACUCGAGGCUGUUAUAACCGGUUUAACCGACUACUUGAACCACAUGCGCCACGAGCUAGAACGACUUCGCAAAGAAAACGAACGACUUAAGAUUCAAUUGGCUGAACAACAAGUUAAAUUUCAUGAUUCCGAAAACGAGAAACAAGCUAUCGCUAACGAAAAACACGAGCUCGAAAAAAUACAAGACCAAGCGAGAGAACUGAUGGCGAAACUGCAGAAUACCGAACGAUCAAACGAAGAUCUCAGACGAGAGUUAGAAAAAUAUCCAAACUUUCAAAGUUUAGAGCAAAUGAAACAAUCAGAAAGAGAACUGCAUGCUUUGAAAAGCACUGCCGCCCAGCAAAAAGAAGAUUUCCACGCUGAAAGGGAAAAUUUGGCAUCUCAGCUCAAAAAUGAAAAACGAAAAUCAGAGGAGCUGCAACGUCGGCUGUAUGAAAUGGAAAAAUUGGACAAAGAAUACAACAACUUACAAAUUCAGUUCGCAUCUAUUCAAGCCACUAAGGACUCAUUGCGUGAACAGCUGAACAAUGCUCAACAUGAUUUGAAAGUUCACAUUGAUUCAGCCUUGAAACCAGAAGAUUUGUUACGUCAUAUUCAGGAAAUGACCUUGAACGUUGAAAGACAAAGCGGAGAUUUGGUACCAUACCAUGAACAUGAUUUGGCGGGAAAAGCGUUGUCUGAUUUGCAAAAAGUGUUAAAUGGGAAAUUUAGUGAGAAUAAGCGUGAAAUGGAGAACUUGCAGAACCUAAUUAACUCUUUGCAACAAGAUAACAAAGAGAUGGACGAGAGUUUGAGAAACGAGCAGGAAAGGCACCGGAAAACGAAAGAGUAUUCGCAAACUCAAAGACAACAAGACAAACACCAGUUUGAUGAAAAGGUCAAGCAAUGGCAGGACGAAAUCAGAAAGGUCAAAGAAAGGUCAGAGGUCGAUCGAGAGCAGUAUGAACAAGAGCUGCACCGUCUGGACGCCGAGAGACGAGAACUUGAAAGCACGAUUCGCGAAUUAGAAAAGAACCAUUUAAGGAAAGAACUCGCAGAAUCCGAAAAAUUCCAUCGCCUGCAAAACGAAGUGGCAGAUUUGAAAGAUAUCGUCAAAACGACCAACGAUUCUCAUAAUAACCAAGUUAUGGGCUACGAGAAGCAACUUUCGGACUACGAGCACAAACUAGAAGCGAAGGAAAUUAAAUGCCAUGAUUUGGACAAAACGUGUGGUUUGCUGGAGCGAGAUUUGACGAAAUGUCAACUCGAGGCCGAACAAUUGCAGCGUCAAGUUUCAGAUUUGAAUGAGAAACUAACGCACGAACAAAGAGUAUGCGAUAAACAUCAGGACGCUAUCGAAAACUUGAAAAACGAGGAGGCAAAACUGAAAUCGGUCAUCAAAGUUCAGAAAGAAGACAUCUCUAAGUUGAGUCAACUGUUCGAAAAGGCGCUCGAAGGUGGAAUUCAUAAUGAGGAGGUGGGAAAACUGACUCUAGAAGUCGGCAAUUUGCAAGCUUAUAUAACCGGGCAAGACGAAACAAUCCGGAAAAUGGCCGAAGAUUUAAGAAAAGCCGAGUUGGCAGCGCAACAACCUCGGUUUAUUAAAGAUUCGGAUUCGGGAGAAGUCGUGAGAACUGACGAUACGAAUGCAGGUCUCUAUUGCAACGUAUUAGAGCAUCACAAACUUGAAGAUUAUCUGGCAGUUUUGAAAAAUAAACUGGAGAAAACUUCCAAGGGGAAGAAAAUUGACACGAGUUUGAAACGACAGACAAAAGAACUCGAUAACGUUUUGUCACAAUUGGACAAAAGCAAAGCUGAGUUGGAACAAAUUGAUGACCAGUUCAAAAACGUAAACAAGAAGUACAAGGCGACUGUCGAGAGGAUUGAGCAGUUUCAAAGGGCGCUCAGUGGGGUGACCUUAAACCCAGAUAUUUUGGACUACUUCAACGGAAAAGGUAACUCACUUUUGCCGCGAGAAGUCGCCGAAGCCUUGCACAAACAUGACAGAGUCAAAGAGGAGCUUCAAACUACUGAAGAGAACUUAAUAGAAAGGAAACAAGAAUUGGAAGUUGCUGAACACAAAUUGAAGGAAAUCGAAACGCAGAGCACAACAGUUGAAGAAAGGACAAAAAGCGUGAUGAAAGUUUACAGCGAGACUAAAAAACAACUGAAUAAAUCUCAAAGUCAGGCUAAGAAGCUCAUUCAGCAAAUGACAGCAACAAGUAGUGAGCUUAAUCAAGCUUCUUCUGCUUUGAAUUCGCUUAAAGGCGAAGUUGAAAUUCUGGAGAAGAAGAAAUCAGAAGCUGAAGCCGAUUUGAAAGAUAUCAAUAAAAUCAUCGCCAAAAAGAACGACGAGUUUCAUACAGUUGAACAAAAAAGGCUUCGAGCUAAGGAGAGCGCAGAUGACAUUCGAAGCACAGAAGAUGAACUUUUCGGUCAUUUAAAAGCGAGUGAAAAGGCUCUCAUAGAGCGCAAGAACGAGCUUCAAAUGCUCGAGACUCAAGCUCAAGAAGAAGCGAGAUCUAUCCAAGAGAUCGAAACCGAAAUUAUCCGAAAGAAAUCCGAGUUGCAGAGUGUGAAAGACGAGCUUUCUUCGAAGCAAGCCGAACUGACAGUGGUGCUGAAAGAAGCCGAAGACAAUAUGAACAAAAAGACACGCGAGUUGAAAGACUCCAAAGCCGACUUGGAUACUCUGCAAGUCGAAAUGAAUGAGUACGAUUCGCUUAAAAACGAGAAGCGCCGAGAGUUGAAUGAGAUACGAGAAGCAUUAAACUCGGAAGAAAACAACCACAGGAAUCUGCAAGACUCGAUUUCGACGAGUUCAAAGGAGUUGAAGCAACUGCGAGAGAUGAUUGGAAAAGAGAAAGCGGAACUGGACUCGCUUAGAAACGACAGGAAUGAUCUGCUGUCUACAAAUAUUAACCUCGAUUUCUAAAGAGACACAACUUGUGUAGAAAUAUCAACUAAAUAAAUCCAAUUUAAUUCCCUUUUCUUGAAAAAAAAGUAAUUUACUUCGGUUAUUUUCCAUUCACUGGAAACUUAACGAGUCGAAAUCUGAGACACAGGAGAGAUAUUCAUUAUUAUUGAAGUCAAGAUAUAUCUAUAAUCAGUGAAUUAAUUUUGAAAUAUGA